ACCACUAUAUAUAUCGUCUGUCCUUUGAACACUUUCUCCGCGCCUCGCCAUUCGAGCUACGAGCAACGAGAGUCAUACAAUGAGUAUGCUGCAAGCCAAAGACGACAAGUCGACAGACUUCACGAAGAGCCUGGACAUUUGGUAUGCAGACGGAAGUGUCGUCCUCGUUGCGGAGAAGACGGGAUUCCGUGUGCAUACAAGUAUCCUUGGCUGCGCUUGUGAGGUCUUCAGAGACAUGGCCGCGAUCCCGCAGCCAACUGGAGACGAUGGGUCUGAGACAUACGAGGGAUAUCCGGUUCUCAGGCUGCAGGACGCCGCUGCAGAUUUGCACCAUUUUCUGAAGGCCAUCUAUGAUUUUGCCUACUUUCGUCCUGGCGUGAAGAAGAGUUUCGCUGUCGUGGCCGCCGUCCUACGGCUCAGCACCAAGUACAUCGCUCCCGUCCUACGCCGCCAGGCCAUCGAGAUGUUCACAUCCGCCUAUCCCUCUACGUACAAAGCCUGGAAGAAGCGCAACGCGGAACGCCUCGUAUCGCCUGUCGACGGCGAGUUCAGCGCGCUGGUCGCGCUCGCGGAGCAAACCGACGUCCGCGCCAUUCUCCCGAGCGUCUUCUACGCCGCGGCGAAGCGGCCGCUCGCCGAGACACUCGCGCAACUGCACGCGCUGCCCCUGAGCGAGACUAUGAGGCAGGAAACCAUGACGAGGUUCAUGCUGGGCCGGGAGAAACUUCAGAAAGAGGAGAUAAAAGAAGUCCUCACGUUCCUGCGGCCGAGUUUCGCACGGCCAGGCUGUGUGAACGCCAACGACACGAACACCCUUGCACUCGCUGCUAGUACCGCCCUCGAACGCAUGGGAGACGACGAGCCGUACUAUGAGUACUGCUUCAAUAACUCGACCACCGUUGGGACAAGCAUCGGUCUGUGCGCGAUCUGCUCAAACACCAUCAGAGACCACAUCGAUAGUGCUGUUGGGGGGAUCUGGGAGAGGCUCCCCGCGAUGUUCGGCCUCCCUGCUUGGGAGGUUUUGACUGCGAGUGAUGAUGGGCAACAGGAUAUGUAA